AUGGUGAAUCUCAUCGACAACAGGAACAUCUAUCUCAAGCCCAAGAAGGCUGGCGGCAUGAAGAUCAACUUCCAGGUCCCGCCCAAACAUCUCGACGAGAAGAUGGUCUACAACAUUCUCAAAGACUACAAGAUGCUCAACUGCGAAGUCCUCGUCCGAGAUGAAAACGCAACAGUCGACGACUUCAUCGACGUCAUUAUGAAGGACCACAGGAAAUACAUCAAGUGUCUCUACGUGUACAACAAGAUCGAUAGCAUCGGUCUCCCGCACUUGGACGAAUUAGCACGCGAGCCACACACCGUCGUCAUGAGCUGUGAGCUCGAUCUCGGUAUUCAAGACGUCGUGGACAGGUGUUGGGAAGAGUUGAGGUUGAUCAGGGUGUACACAAAGAGGAAGGGCAACGACCCAGAUUUCUCAGAGGCGCUCAUUGUACGACACGGAAGCACGAUCGAAGAUGUUUGCGACCAAGUUCAUCGGACGCUGAAGGAGACAUUCAAGCAUGCGCUGGUUUGGGGCGCGAGUGCCAGGCACGUGCCGCAGAAGGUGGGCUUAGGGCAUGUAGUGGCCGAUGAGGACGUUGUCAGCAUUGUGGCAAAGUGA